GAAUCAAGUGGAGUAGGCACUUGUUUCGAAUCAGCUACCGCGGAGUAACACAGGGACAGCAGUGAAAAGUGAUGAAUGAAUUUCGCUUGCAUCGGCGAGGGAGAAACAAGAGCCAAUCGCCUCUACCUACCAUUUCCUAAGUGAGCCGAGCGCUGAAAAGCGAAAGGUGGUGGUCUUUUGGAGGGCGUUCACAGUAGUCGUUCAGGUAGAAAUCUAAUUUCUUCCCGUCUUUCGAGAGCACCAAAGAACCCUAAAAAGGACGCGAAGGAGCCUGCUGUGCACUCGCGGGGCUGGGGCGGCCCUUAGCGGCGAGAGUAAGAAGCUGCGGCAGACCCCUCUUUCUCUCCCGCCAGGGCAAGAGAGACAUGGAGGAAGCGAAGGAGGCCGGCACAGGGCCCAGGCGACGCCGCCGUCGACGCCGCUCGGGCGGCCGCAGUAGCUCGGAGCGAUCGCCAAGCCCUGGGCGUUUGGACGUGAGUUCCCCGCGCUUCGACCCCCUACUGGCGCUGUACUCGGAACGCACGCCGCUGCCUUACCCGGCCGCGCCCUGCUUCAACAACCUGGCCGAGUACGAGAGUUUCCAGCGCGGCCUGUGCCGCGCUUCAGGCCGCCAGCGAGGGACCCCUGGGCGCAGCAGCCGCUCUGCCGGGACGCGUACCCGGAGCCGAGCCGGCCGGCCCCCCGCUGACCCCGAGCGUCUCCAGCGUCUCCGCAGCCUCAUGGUGGCUAAGGAACCCGAGAGAGAGGCGAGCGAGAGGGGCAGAGCGCGGGGCAGGAGGGCGCCGCGCAACGUGCUCACCAGGAUGCCUCUUCAUGAAGGCAGUCCACUCGGGGAGCUUCACCGCUGUGUCCGUGAUGGUGUAAAAGUCAACGUCCAUAUCCGAACUUUCAAAGGACUUCGAGGAGUCUGCACUGGGUUCUUAGUUGCAUUUGACAAAUUUUGGAAUAUGGCCCUGACAGAUGUAGAUGAGACAUACCGGAAACCUGUACUGGGUAAAGCUUUCUACAUAGAGCCACAACUGACUCUCACCAGGCUGUUUGACAGACUCAAGCUACAAGAGUCCUUGGUUAAAAAAGAUGAUUCAAAGAUGGCCACUGGCCUGCCAACACUUCCAUGUGAUCCCAGGACACAUGGGCAGAAGUCUGAGUCAGGUUGGAGAAAAUUGGAGGAAGAAUGUGGAGCGAAGAAACGCUCGAGCAGGGAGAGGACGCGCAGCUCUAGCUUGCCUCGAAUCUCUGGGAAAGCGAUUGACCUGCCUGGCAGAAUCUCUGAAACGGAGGGGACGAGUGCAGGUGGCCCAAGAGGUCGGUCACGAAAAAAGCGAAAGCCCAAAGUGGAUUAUCAACAAGUUUUCACGCGACACAUAAAUCAGAUUUUUAUUCGGGGGGAAAAUGUCUUGCUUGUUCAUCUAGCCCAUUGAUCUGAUUGACUUUAUUCGAACAGUAGUAUGAACAGUAGUGACAGCUGUAUGCUACAUUGUGAAUUAUUGUAUAAUUCUUUCUCUUCCUCUGACCAGAAGGGAGAAAGGGUAAUGGAUCUCGAAGGCAAGAACAUCUUGAGCACUAAUUGCCAAGUUGUUUGUAGUAGAAGUUGGCUCAAGGAUGUUGCUGCCUUCAAAGAGACAGAUGUCCUAAGUCAUGAAUUCAUGGAACUUUGUGAUGAUGUGGGAUAAGUAUCACUAUAUAUUUUAAACCCACACAGUCAGAACUGAGUGACAUUCCAAACACUCUGUUUUUGCUAAAUGUCUACAAAAAAAGCAGAGUUUGCUGUUGACCUUGGUGCUUCAUUGUGGAAUGCUACUAAUAUAAAUUGUGGAAAAGCAUGCUUUUAAAAAUGGUUAUGGAAUAAAGCUUGUGAAAAAGGAGGAAUGGCUUUAGGUAUUGGCUUGCUUGGACCCCAUCUAUCCUACCUCCUAAUAGUGCAUGGCCAGGGGUUGGGGGGAGGUAUUCCAGAGUUGGACCGCAGUGCCCUCUGGUGUCCAAACUGGUAUCUUGGAGAAAAAGUAAAUGGAAAUGGAAUAUGGUGGUCUUUGCUGAGGAACCUUUCUCUCUAAUUCAUUUUUAUUUGUGAUCAAAGGCAGUGUUUGGCCUUUUCUUCAGUAUUUAUACAGCCUGUGGUCUUAACCCAUCCUCUCCCACUCCCCUCUGCAUGCCACCAGCAAACUGUGAAUGUAGCUAAACACAUAGCUUCUCUACCUGGAGCUUGUCUCAAUGUAUAUAUAGUAAAUUGGGUUUAAACAACCCAGAAAUUGCAAUCCUGUCUUUUAUAGUUCAUUUCAUCUAUUUCUGUGGUGUAGUAGUAAAGGCUAAGGCAAUGUGCAUAUAUGUUGCUUAAAAUAGAAAAGAUGGUGUUUUAUGCCAGGCACAGUUAUACGUUAUCUAGGUGGCUUUGAGAUGCUGUUUUCCCUGAUGGUGAUCGUAGAGAAUAAUUUGCUUGUGAUAUCUACAAGGAUAUUCCCAAUUGCUUCCAAGUUCUGAAUGACACAUCUCUAAUGCUAGUCUGAUUGCUCCUGAGAAGCAUGUUUUAAGACUACUGAAAAGUAUGCAUGGUGAUUAUUUAGAAAAUCAGUGCUAUUAAUUAUUUCCUCCUUGUUAUUCAGUAAUUGUCAGAAGAAACACUGCAACAUACUGUAACAAUACAUAUAUAUAAACUGUAUGCCAAGAUAGAUUUUUAUGAUGUAGGAUAAUAAUGCCCUCUGUUUACAGUGAGUAUAUGUAGCACUCCAGUAGCUGGACAUUGCCUCCAUAGUGCAUAUAGGAAUGGAAUGAAUCUAAUAUUGGGAGGCAUUUUAAAAAUCUCCAUAGAAACUCUGUAGAAAUUAUGAAACUUGUACAGAAACACAGUCUCUCAUUAAAAAUAUAUAGGUUAUUUUGUAAGUCAUUCUGAUUUUCAACAAUAACCUGGCAAUCUUGUAACGAGUGAGGUUUUCCACUAACAAGUUGAAAUAUAGCAACUCUAUGUGGAACUAGAUGUUGCAUGUAAUUCAUGAUUCUUUUUUCACGCUUUUAAAUACAUUCAUGUGUAGAGCUCAGUUUCCCUCCUCUAUUUCUCCAGCUCACUUAUGGGUUGCAAAAUUGGGUGAUGAUGAUCAUGGUGGGAUCUCCCAACAGUUUCAAGUGAGGGGGGGAGUAUUUGUGCCAGAGUUUCUGUGUGGAGGCAGCCACACAGUGCCUUGAAAUUAAACACAGCCAAGGCAACAUGUGGGAUACACAGGAGCUUUGCGCAAAAAAGAACAUAACGAAAAGGCAGCAAGAGCUGCUGCUAAUGAUUCACCUUCUCUCAAAACUGCUGGAGAAUUUUGCCCUGUCAGAAAAUAUUUGAUGAAAUGGCCUCUAUUUGGGGAGCCCAGAAUUUCAUGCCCACCCCCAAAUCUGCGGCUGCAGUUUGAAAUGGAAGCCCAAUGUAAGAAGUGCUUCCUAACCAUUUCCCCUCAUGCUAUCUUUCCUGGGGAAUCCUUAUCUGAGAUUAAAGAAGUGUGGAGAAAGCAGCAGGAAAAUAGCAUGAGGAGAAAUGGUUGUGCACCCUUGCUGUGGCAUUCUGCUUUCAAUUGUGUGAAUAAGAAGCAUGGAAUGACACACCAUGUGUUGUUCUGCCCAGAGUAUUGGGAAUUUCAGGGGAUUAGACAUUGUGUUAUCAGCCUAAUAGCGCUCAAGAUGACAAAGAUGGAAAGGAAGAGAAAAGUGCUAGAAAAAUAAAUUGAACCAAACUUGAAUUUCCAUGUCAUUUGAUACGUUUAGUGUAACCUCCUGACUUGAUAUGUAGCCUUCCCAUUGAGUGUGGAAUGGGAUAUGCAAAAUGCCUUGUCUUGGAUUAUGUCCUUUCCUCAGGUCAUUCUUUGCCAUACUGUACUUUAAAACAUACAGCACAAAACUAUUUCUCGUCUGCUUCAUUUUAAAAAGAAAUCUAGGAACAUGAAAUAGUAGUUUCUAAAUUCCCCAAGCAGCUUCUCUUUUGCCCUUUCCAGUUUGGCUUUUCCCUGUCACUUUUGCUACAAAGGCUAUCGCAAAAAUGAUCCUAAGAGAUUCUCAUGGCUGGAUUGAACGGGUUUUGUAUCUGUUCAUGACCUUCUCUGUGAUUCUUUUCUCCUCAAAGUACAGAUGCUUCUGUACUCUAGAGAGUUUUCUUUUAACUUAAAAUGUUCACCUACAUAUCUCUGUUCUUUUUUCAAAAAAUACCACUUUUUCUUCUUUUGGAGGGGAGUCUUAUCUGUUCUUGGGCUGCUUGCUCUUUCACAUUCUGUUUUAGUAAGGUUGAGCCCCACAUAGAUAAUUAAGUGGACCGUCACGUUUUGCUGUGCUCUCUGUAUGAUUUUUCCUUCAGUGGUCGGUUUCCAGAUUAUUUAGAAGACAAAUGCUUUUAUAUUUGACAAAAUCCAUUCUUCCUGACUGCCUUCUUGCUUUCUCCAUCCUGAAUCUGAAGAUAAUUAUUGAUUUGAUUCAUUUUACCAGGUUGCUUCACUCAUGGUUCUUUGCUGAUAAUGCCAUUGUUAGUGAGUUUAACAUCCAUUGUUUUGUUGCUUUAUGUUAAUCAAAAGCCUGGUUCUGUAAGUUUACUACUUCAUGCUUCAGUAUUUACAUUGCUACUGUUUUUGUCUUCCAGAAUCAUUUUCUGCAUUCCAGUCCUGCAGUUAUUAGUGUGAAAGAGCUUCCAGAUAGGCAUCAAGCUCUCCUGCCUGCAGGAGCUUACCAUUCAUUUCAGUAGAACGACAGAAUCAAAAUACACAAAGCAAUGCUAUUUGGAUGGGGGGAGUGUGUGUGCAUCUUGGCUGCAUUAGUCUGUGCUUUUGCCUUAAACUUGCUCUUUCAAAUUGGCUCUUUUGCCCCUUGGCUGGUGUUUUACUACAUCUAUUGAUAUGGAGUGGGUAACUCUCCAGUAAUGGUUGGUCCUCAGCCCAUCCAUAAAAAAGAAAAAAAAUAGCUAGGUGUGGAGGACUAAGACCAAAAAGAUCUGUGUGGCAGCAUUUUACUCAGUAGGUGUCACAUUUGAAAACCCCCUACCCAUGUGGGUCACCGAGGUGCAGGCCCUCCCUUAGCAUGUGCCAGGGCCCGGGGCAAAAGCAUAGUUGGGGACACCCCACAUUCUUUAUAUAUUUAGAGAGAGAGAGAGAUAUUUUAUUUAUGAAUAUGUGUAAUUAUAUUCAACACUCAAAUGAACUAGCGGCACAAUUAAUUUAUAAUCAAAUUCACGCCUCUGUUGUCUUGGCACUAUUUUUCUCUCUCAACGUGAACAGUACUAGAUACACUAUUUUCUCAUUGUACUAAAAAAAAAACUCAUCAGAUGUCCACUUUUACAAGCUUAGAGCAUCCAAACAUAUUUCUGCAACUCUGUACUGAAAGGGUCUGCUUCUAGUCUAUCCUGUAAUCUGACAGGGGUUGGAACACCAGUCUCUGUAUCUUCCUUUACUCAUGAGGUAGAAGACAUGUAGCUUACUAACUAAAGGAUGAGGAAACGGAAAAAGAGCCUAUAAAAUUUUAACACACACACACACACAUGAGGCAAGACAAAUAUUUUGUUCUUGUUGCAGCACCUAACCUUAGUGUUGCAAAGGAAAAUAUGGCCUGUUAAUCUAUAACCACUGCCUGGUAGUAAGACACAACGAACUCAACUGCACUCGAUGAGCAGGGAGGAAAAGCAUCCCACAGCUCUCUUGUGGAAGAAAGCCAUAGUCAAAAUCCCUUCCCUCUCCCUGUCCUGCUUUAUUUGUUUUUAAGCGUGAGAGUUCAAAUCUUGCUAGAGGUCACACCCUCUGAUCUGGCUCCAUUACAGGAGAAGAAACAGGAAGGUGAGCACGACUCUGAGGUGCGUUGCGAAACUCCUUAGAAAAGCGAGCGGCGGCGACGACAGCACUUCUGCAGCUCUGCACCUUCACCUUGGUCUGCCUCGCUGCCGCCACCACCACUCUCCUGCCUCUUCCCCUGUGCUGAACAGAGCUGCCUCUGCAGUGCUGCCUGAGGCGGAAGGGAGGGGAAAGAAGCUUCUUCGUCCUUCUCUCAGAGGCUUUCCCCCCUUUCUGCGGCAGGAAAGCCGACAGCGGGAGGCACCAGCUGCUAAAAGGGGAAAGGCGCGGGAAGGUGAGAACAGAAGCUUCCUUGGGCCCCCCAAAGCGUGGGGCUGGGGGCAACUGCCCCACUUCCCGGUGCCUAGGGGCGGCUCUGCCCAGGUGCCUGUAGUAUUUCUAUACCAGUGGAAUGAAAUACGGUCACCAUUUUAGUACCAUUGCAAAUAUGCUUUUUUUUAAAGACCUCCAUGGGGAAGUAACAGUAUUUAACCCCACCCUUUCGUUUGAGCAGGAAACUGUGCCUCAGUUGCUGUUCGGCAGGUGGGGUUUUUUUCGUCACUGUGGCACUUACUGAACCUCUUCCUUGCUAUUCAACUGUUGAAGCCAGAGAUGCCCUUUUGUGAAGAGUUGGUAAACCUUUAAGGGCAGAUAGUGUGGCAAACCUUUAUGUAUGACUGAAUAGUCCAAGGUGAAGGCAGUAACUGUGUUUUUGGCAGCCUGAAUGAAAGUCUUAAAGCUCAGGUUCUUCCUGCUGUAGACCACCUGCCAUUUUGAGGGUUUUGUGUAGUGUUGUGAUCCUCCUACUCUAGUUAUAGGGAAAAAUAAUUUCCUAUCUUGAUUUCACCAUUUUUGCCUGAAUAUUAGUUCAAUGGUGCAUAUUUACACUUCUGUCAGUAAGAAUCUACAGUGUGUCAGAUACUGAUUGCUCAUUGCACACAGCUCACAAAGGGCACUCUGGGAGUGGUUGAAGCAUAUUUUAAUUUGGUUUUCCUAGUUUGCAACAGAAGUUCUUCUGUGGAUGAAGAUGCAGAUACUCAAAUUUCUAUUCAGCACUAGGGAUACACCAGUGCCUUGUUGAAGCUUUUCCUCAAAAUGGAUUCCAGAGGCCUACUUUAGUGGAAGAGUCAUGUAAAUAACUUUUCUCUUGAUGUAUACAAUCCUUUUUAGAUUUCUCUGAAAAAGUGCUAUUGCUCUUUGCUGUCAGAGGAGAGCCUGUCACAAAAGAGAAAAAGGCUUGUGAUAUUUCUGGAUACCUGUUUUAUUAGCUUCACAACGGAACAGGAUUAGUGCACCUUAGAUUCUGUCAGAUAUGUAAUCAUUUAGAGUGAAAAGGAGUUUGAUCAGGUUGUGUACAAACAUAUCUAGUCUGUUUCUUCCCUUUUCUCCCAAAAGACUGGAGCUUUCCCUCGGGGGGUGGGGGUGGAGAAAACCCUGAAAGCUGCUUUGGGCUCCUUUAGCAAUUAUGUUUGAUUUUCACUGCUUCAGAGCAAAGUGCAGCUGUAUCCUUGUAUCUUCUCCUUGAUAGAUCAGUUUUAAGCUGAGAAAGAGAAAUACUCAUACAGCUUAUCUAUUGACAUUGUUAGAAAUUUCUCCAGCUGACUGCUGUGCUGAUGGAACAUACUUGCCCAGUUUAAUUGUAUAGGCUGGGCUUCAGCACCUAAAGCUAGGUAAGUGAAUCUGUACUGCGCUACCCAUUUUAAACUGGUUUGUUUUACGGUUUUCCCUGUGAAUCUUGGAAAAUACAGUGUUCUGACUGUAGUUUGAAUUGAACUGCAGUUCCCAGGGUUCUUUGGCUGACCACCAUGACAGAUUCAAAACUGAUUUGAAUUUGUAGUACAGGUAUAGCCUUAGCAUCAGUCAUUGGGUUUGAUUCUUCUGUGCCCUUUGCUUCCUGUGUCCUUUUUUCCUUGGUGAGUGAUCUCAUUUGUAAAAUGGGGGUAAUGCUUGCAUCUUUGGAGAAUAUAUGUAAACAAAAAUAGCAAAAAUACCUAUUACAGAGUCCACAUCCUUUUUCUUGAUAUUAGCUCUCUAGCUUUCCAACUUAACAGUUCAUAAAGGAUACAGAUAUCUGGUAUUUAAUACACAACUAAUGCCUGUGAGCAAAGCAAAACCCUGAGUUUGCUGAAAGUAUAUGUUUUACCCUUUCAGAGUACUUGGGAUUGGAAAGAAUGUGCAAGUUGUUUAAUCUGUCUUCCUGUUUUAUUUCUGAGAAGAAAUCGCUGCUACGAACUUAACAAUGAAUGUAUAGCUUUUUUUUUUGCUUGAUGAAUGUAAAUUUCUGUAUACAAAAGGGUUCAACCUCUAAGGCAAUAAAUAUAUUGAUGUAA